GUCAAGAAUUCUCAUCACCAUGAAGAACAUCUGUGCUAUUUCUCUUGCUUUGGUCCUCCUGCUUGCAAUGGGAAUCGAAGGCAUAGUGACUGGUCAGAGGAGCAGCUGUCGAUGCCAAUCCUUAUCUUCCAAAGCAAUACCGCCGAGAUUCGUGACCAAAUUUGAUGUCCUCCCCGCUAACUCGUUCUGCAACACGCUUGAAUAUAUAGUGACAUUGAAACGAGGAAGUCAGCAGUGCCUAGACCCAACUUCAAAACAAGUGCAGACAAUGUAUAACAAAUGGAAGACACUCCAAUCAAGAAGAAUACCAAUAAGACCUCAGUAAUUUCAUCCAGGCAAGGGGGUGAUGGUCUCCGUUGGAUGUCCCAUGCAUGCCUCAGGAACAAAAUGGCCUCAGCCAAAGAGGAUGAAAGUUGGUGGAAGUCUGCUGGAUUGUUCUGUGUGUGCAUUUUUUUUUCCAAAGCCACAUAUUUUUGUACAUAAUAUACAAGCUAAGGCGUCAUACAAUUUGCUGGACUUUGUUAGCCCAAUGACUUAGCUUAGUUUAAAUAUAGCCAAACUGUGUUGUAUGAACCAAAUGAUGGUUAAACAAGUGUUUGAAGCCAGUCUGUUUGGGAGAGUCCUGUAGGUCUCCCACUCGGCUUGCACAUCACACCAAGUGGCGGGUUUAAUCUGGGCUAAGUAUGUGUUUUUUUUAUUUAUCCAAUGUAUAUGUAGCAUGAUCCCACCCAAUUGUGUAUUUAAGCCAUCGUUCAUGAUUAGUGAACCAAGCCAAUUGUGAACCUAAAAUCAGAAUCAAAGAAAGUAUGUAGGCUCCAGGUUUUGUCUUAAAAAAAAAAACUUUAAUCGCUAUUGGUGAGUUCCAAAAAGCCAUGCAAUUAAUUUUAGGUAUCCAAGGACCUUUGAAUCUACAUUUUGAAGAUAGAGAAAAUAUAUAGCUCAAGGUUGCACUUCUUGGGCUGCAGAAGUCCUGCGAGUCAUUUUUUUCCCCCUGGCAGUUGCAAAUGUUCAUAGCUGAAAAUUGCAAUUAACAAUGUUAUAAUACGAACACUCUACCCAUAGAGGUUAGAUUGGCAUGGAAACCUCUACACAGCCUGAAGACCUGGAUGAGUUCCACAGCGUGGGAUUUUACUGGUGAAACGACUUAAGCAUUGUGGUUGGCCUGCUGAUAAUCUUUGAUUUAUUUUGUCAGCAUCCUUUAUUGGUUCUUUAUGUUUCAUCGACAUUGUUUUAUUGUUUUGAAUGUGUGGUAAGAAUCACAUCUGCAGAGUGAACACCUGCACAAAUGAAUUCAAUUUGCCGCAGAAAUAACCAAAGAUUAAGCUGGAAUGAGAUCACAGUAUCACUCCUCUUUCUUCCGGACAACAGGCCAGUCUUGCAGAUGACUAACUAAUUUAAUAGGGUAGCUCACCCAUGACAUGUAAUGUAAAUGGUACCUGUAAUGAUAUGUAACAGAUAUUAAUAUAUUUUACAAUGGAGAAAUCCCAGCUGGUAACAUUGCAGAUAUGAUUCAGCAAGCAAUGAAAUGUCUGCAAGUGGAUUAUAGCGUUACUGAAGGGGAAUAUAGCUUUUCUGAAUAAAGUUCCUCAGUCUUGUUGAAGUGCUUUAAAAUAUAUAAAAUAUAAAAAUGUGCAAGGAAUCCACUACGAUAUAUUCUCAAGACUUUAGAUAUGCCUGCAUAUCUAACUCUUUCAAUCUGCCAAAAUUAAUAAUACCAUUUUAUAUUUUUCAUCCCACAUUGUGUGGGAAUUUAAAAUUAGUCUCGACACUCCAAGAAAUCUGUAGAAGAAUUCAGCUCUAAUUUUAUCUAGCACAGGAAAAAACUAUUUUCUCAUAAGUCAGUUCUAAAGAUUUGCUUCUGUUCAAUGUAUUUUCAUAUAGAUGGAAUAGGUGUAUUCGUAUUGGAGAUGAUGUAAUAUACAUUUGAUCAGUUCUUGAACUGUUGCAGAUAGCUAUAUGUGAAAAUGUAACUUGUUAGUUGUACUCAGGAAAAAUGAAACUAAUAUCAGGAUGACUGGUAAACAUAUGUCUGUUAAUGUUUUAAAGCAAAUA